UAUUCAUAUCACGAGCUCAAUCUUAACCUCAGUAGUAUAAACGUUUACAAGACUCAUUUAAUUAAAAAAAACAACAACAAACACACGGUCACAAUGGAAUCUCUACGUGAAUUUGUCAAAGAUAACGGACUAUAUUUAGCAACAGGUGCUGUCAUCGUCGGAUCGUCAUUGUUAUUAUAUAAACGAAUGAAACGUUCUCGAACAAGAGUAUGCGGCGUGGAUUAUCCGAAAGACAAGGUCAUUCUUCAUGUGUUUCCUCGGACCAAAACUAUUCCGAAUAUGGGCCAUUUUGUGAUGAAGUUAGAAACGUAUUUGCGGAUACAUAAAAUACCGUUCCAGCUUGAUUUUAACUACAAAGGCGGACCGAAGAAUAAAACACCAUGGAUAGAAUAUAACGGUAUUACAAUGGGUGACUCUCAGUUAAUAAUUGAGUACUUUAAUAAGGAAUUCAACUUUGAUAUGAACAGUCAUCUUAGCAAACAAGAACGGGCUGUUGCAUGGGCGAUACAGAAAUGGUUGGAAGAAUACACGUACUGGCUAAAUGUCUACAGCCGUUGGGUGAUUUUUGGCGAUGAAAUGUUACGGAAAUUCCUAAAAGUUCCAGGUCCUGUGGCAGCUUUGCUCAAAAUUACUAUGCGUCCUAGAAUGAUUAAAACAUCUUACACUGUAGGAAUUGGUCGCCAUAGUGACGAGGAAGUACAUCAGAUGAUGCGUAAUGAUCUUAAAAAGUUCUCAGAUUUGUUAGGCGAUAAGAAGUACAUCAUGGGCGAUAAGAUAACGGAAACAGACUGUGCAGCCUUUGGUAUUUUGUCUCAGAUCCGCUGGUGUACUCCGGAGUCUUGUCCUGGACGUCAACUCCUGACAAGUGAUGAACUUAAAAACGUGGCAGACUACUUGGACAGAAUCAAGGACACUUACUGGAUGGAUUGGGAGGAAAUUCUUGCUGCUGUGAAAAAAUAACUUGCUCUGUUUGAAAGCUUUCACCAGAAAUAUUAUGUCAAUAGAUUGAAAUGUCUGUUUCUACGUAAUGUGUUCCUAUGUGUUCGAAACUAACAAUGCCAUUAAUUUGAAUGUUUGCACAAUAUAGUCAGGGUUAUUUUGGAUAGGGAACAGAACAGAACAGAAUUUGUGGUUUAUUAACAAUUAAUUGAAGACAAUUGCUGAUUUUCAUUAGGUUGUAUAUUGUACAUUUAUGAGGUUGCUAUAAAAGCCAUAUUGCACAGUAAAACACUAAAUAAUCAGGUACACAUAAGUAAUAUUGUGCUAAUAUUAUUGAACAUUAAUGAGGUUGCCAUUAAAGCCAUAUUGCACAAUUAAACACUAAGUAAUCAGGUACACAUAAGUAAUAUUUUGCUAAUAUUAUUGUCCAUUUAUGAGGUUGUAAUAAAAGCCAUAUUGCACAGUAAAACACUAAAAAAACAGGUUCACAUAAGUUAUAUUAUGUUAAUAUUAUUGUACAUUUUUUAGGUUGCCAUUGAAGCCAUAUUGCACAAUAAAACACUAAGUAAUCAGGUACACAUAAGUAAUACUGUGUUAAUAUUAUUGAACAUUUAUGAGGUUGUAAUAAAAGCCAUAUUGCACAGUAAAACACUAAAUAAUCAGGUACAUAUAAGUCAUAUUGUGUUAAUAUUAUUGUACAUUUAUUAGGUUGUAAUAAAAGCCAUAUUGCAUAAUAAAACACUAAGUAAUCAGGUACACAUAAGUAAUAUUUUGCUAAUAUUAUUGUCCAUUUAUGAGGUUGUAAUAAAAGCCAUAUUGCACAGUAAAACACUAAAAAAACAGGUUCACAUAAGUUAUAUUAUGUUAAUAUUAUUGUACAUUUUUUAGGUUGCCAUUGAAGCCAUAUUGCACAAUAAAACACUAAGUAAUCAGGUACACAUAAGUAAUACUGUGUUAAUAUUAUUGAACAUUUAUGAGGUUGUAAUAAAAGCCAUAUUGCACAGUAAAACACUAAAUAAUCAGGUACAUAUAAGUCAUAUUGUGUUAAUAUUAUUGUACAUUUAUUAGGUUGUAAUAAAAGCCAUAUUGCAUAAUAAAACACUAAGUAAUCAGGUACACAUAAGUAACAUUGUGUUAAUAUUAUUGUACAUCUAUGAGGUUGCCAUAAAAGCCAUAUUGCACAGUGAAACACUAAAUAAUCAGGUACACAUAAGUCAUAUUGUGUUAUUAUUAUUAAAUACUUUUAUAUUAAUUUUGAUGCACAAUAUCUUUUGUCACAAUGUGUUGUUAUUUUUGUAUAUGAUUUAUCAAAUUAGAUAUUUUUUGGGUCA